AUGUUUCAGCCUGACCACUACUUAUCAAAGGAUCAUCUUCUAGAGCUAGAGUCACUGUUCGGCCGUGCCUUGCUGGGCCGAGCUCUCAGCCUGCUCCACGGAAAGAAACCAAUCAAGCUCCUUCGAACCCCAAACGGUGCCGGUCGACUGUACGAAGUGCCCGGUUCCAAGUUCGGCGUAGUGUACAAAAUCUUCCCCGGAAUUAACUUUUGCACGUGUGAGUCGUUCCGCUACUGGGUCCUCCAGCAACGGCAUCAAGCGACCUGCAAGCACGUACUGGCCACUAGGUUGGCCCAGGCACUCGGCCAGGCGGAAGAAGAGACCUUACCGGAAAAAGUCUACCUGGAGCUGUCCGCUGAACUGAUCAAGGAGCGUAUCAACCUUACGGCCACCGGUCCCGGGGAGGGACCAUCCAAGUAA